GCUCGUCGUCGAACGUCAAGAUGGUCAAAGUUUACAAGCCCGGCAAGGUCGCCAUCGUCCUCCAAGGCCGUCAAGCCGGCAAAAAGGUCGUCGUCAUCAAGCAGCUCGAUGAGGGAACAAAAGAGCGACCAUACCCCCAUGCCAUCGUUGCUGGGAUUGAGCGCUACCCACGGAAGGUGACGCGACGAAUGGGCCAGAAGAAGGUGCAGCGGAGGAGCAAGGUCAAGCCUUUCAUCAAGGUUGUCAACUACUCGCAUCUCUUCCCCACCCGUUACGCUCUCGAACUCGAAGGCCUCAAGGGCUCCGUCACCAACGACACCUUCAAGGAGCCAUCACAGCGGGAAGAUGCUAAGAAAAACAUCAAGAAACUCUUGGAGGAGCGCUACCAGAGCGGUAAGAACCGAUGGUUCUUCCAGGCCUUGAGGUUCUAAGAUGUUGUUGUUUUCUUUCACUAUGCACUUAUUCAAAAUGUAUGCACUAUGACGACAUGACACAUCUCUGCACUUCGACGCUUUCGAUUUGAUUC